AAUCCUUAUACCAAUGGUGAUUUUGUCUUUAAAUUCCAUUGUUGGAAUUUGUCUAAUUAAAAAAUUUUUUUUAUUGUUUAUGGUUGAAGCAUUUUACAACCUUUGUCACAUUUCCGAUCACACUUUUUUUGACAAUGACAUUUCGUUCGAUAUCCCGCCUUGGUUUGAUCCCAUCCCGCCAAACGGAACGAAUUAACGAAUGACAGUUUGAUAUUGUCAAAAAGUUUCAUAACUUCGUGAGACGUGAGAUUGUUUUUUAUAGUUAUAGUUCUGUUAUUAUUUGAUUGUGUAGAUAAAGUGUAGAUAAACCACUAUGUCAUUAAAUUCACGUUCACGGCAAAUAUUGAGUUUAGUGUUGAGCAAUGAAAAUACAAGGAAUACAGAAAAUGUGAGCUGCGAGACAGCUUCCGUCGAUCAGAGAAUUAGUCAUUCAAGUGAUUUACCAAAUACGUCCAGUACAAACGACGUUGCAAACAGUAAGUAUGGAAACUUAAUUAAUUGUAGUAUUCUGUGGCAAAAAGACAUAUUUUUUCACUACCUUUGUUGCUUACUUUCAGAUACUGAAAAUAUUCAGAAUGAUUGCUAUGUCCCAACGAAGUGCCAUUCUCCAUCUAUUUUAGUUGUCGAUCACAUUGAGCAAGGUAAUGAAGACAUUUGUAAUAACCAGGAUACACCACAGGAAUAUGGUUCCCAAGAUAGUGAUGAUAAUAAUAAUUCACCUAUUUCACCAGAAGAACCCUACAGUCCUGCUAGUACCGAUCAUGAAUAUAUACCAUCAUCUUCAUCAAACGAUAUUUCUGCAACUGAAAUUCAGGAGGAAUCUCCAAUGACCAACAAUAUAUUGCAACCGAGGAAGAGAAAAAUUUUUCAGUUAAAAGAAAAGUUAUCUAAGAAGAGAUCAAGAAAUGAAGCUGAGUGGAAACAAAAUAGGAAUAGUAUUUUAAGACAGGAAGGCAAAGCUUAUGUUACAAGGAAGGGUAAAACAAUGGAAAGUAAAAAACCAAGGUUUGGUAUAUUAUGCAAGGAAACAUGCAAAUAUAAGUGUUAUGAAAAAUUUUGUGAUAUUGAUUGUGCAUCUCUCUUUUCCCAAUAUUAUAGUUUAAAAAAUAAUAAUGAAAAGAAUAUGUAUCUUUCAAAAUUUAUAACAGUUGAAAAAGUCAAAAGAGCAUUAACUAACCCAAAAAGGCAGAGAUGCACAACUUAUACCUAUGUUCUACCAAAAGGAAGUACUAAUAUAAAAGUUUGUAAGACUGCAUUUUCUAAUAUGUUUCAAAUCGGUUAUAGAAAGUUAGCAGUUAUUCAAUCAAAAAUUAAAUUAAAUAAUGUUGAAGCACUAAGAGAUCAGAGAGGAAAAACUCAUUCUUACAGGCACAAGGUAGAUGUUGAUGUAGAAAAUUAUAUAAGCAGUCAUAUUAGAAGUUUUCCAUCUGAAAGUUCUCAUUAUUCUAGAAAUCAAAAUAUCCACAAACAGUACUUAAAUCCAUUACUUACAAUUAAAACUAUGUAUUCAAUGUACACAAAAAAAUGUGAGGAUGAAAAUAAACCUACCAAAUAUUAUAUAAAGGAAUGCACAUAUAGAAAAAUAUUUAACACCAAAUUCAAUCUUUCUUUUAGGCAGCCAAGAACAGAUGUUUGUUGUAAAUGUGAUUCAAAUACUCAAACUGAAGAACAUAUUGAGAACUAUAAAAGAGCAUUUGAGCUACAAAAACUGGAAAGGGAGAUGGCGGUGUCUGGACAAAACAUGACAUAUAUUAGUUUUGAUAUGCAGCAGACACAGCCGCUUCCUAAAAUUCCAGUAUCAAAAGCUUUUUAUUUAAGACAAAUUUGGUUCUACAAUGAAGGUAUACAUAUAGUUGAUAAAAAUGGACAUAGGUCCUAUUUCUGCACUUGGACUGAAGACUGUGGAGGAAAGGGCAGUGUAGAAGUUCUUAGUUCGCUUUUUUACUGUUUAAGCAAGUUAGCUAAUGUAGAUAGUUCCCAAAACUUGUUGCUAUGGUCAGAUUCUGCCAGUGGCCAAAAUAAGAAUCAAUACUUAAUUGUUUUGUAUCAGUACAUGAUUGCACAGAAAUUAUUUGUAUCCAUUGAACAUAAAUUUCCAGAGGUAGGUCAUACAUUUCUUGAUUGUGACAGAGAUUUUGGCCGUAUAGAAAAAUUAUUGAGAAAGCAUGAGAAAAUAUUUACUCCUAAUCAGUAUAGAAAUAUAAUUAAAAGGGCAUCUAAGAAUAACUCUAUCAUAGAAGAUAUGAAUCAUCAUUUUUAUGAUUUUACCAAAUUAAAAAAUGAUUUGGGCAUAGUUAUACCCAAUACAAAUACAUUAAAACAAAAAAUUAACUUUAAAGGGAAUGUAAAAUGGAUUCGCCAUGAAGAUUAUGGUAGAUAUUUUUAUAAGACCAACUAUGACCCCUACACACCAUAUUUAGAAGUUUCUCUGGUAAAAAAUCCUAAUAUUAUCCCGGAAGUUGCCUUGACAUGUAAUAACCAAAAGGGUAAAAUCUCUAAAGAAAAAAUAGCUGAUAUAAAAACACAGCUUGAGUACAUUGAAAAAGAGUCUCAAUGGUAUUAUAUAAACAUUUUGAAUAAUGAUUAAUUUUUAUUAUUGAUAGUGUUACUUGCCAACAAGUUGUAACUUCACAUUUUUGACCUAGACCUUCUAAGUUGUAACGUUUUAUUUAUUUAAAUAAAGCUUUUUCAAGUAAUAAUCGUUAAAUUCUUUUAUUUCUAA